GUCCCGAGGGCGGUGACCGGGACCGGGAGAAAGUUACGGAGCGGGACCGGGUCCGGCUGCGCCUCGGAGCGGCUCCAGGUACCGCCCGCCCCAGCAUCGUCCCGUUCCGCCCCGUCCCGAGCUUCCCCGCUCCCGGUUCGUCGCUCCCAUCCCGGCCGCUUCUCGCUGAGCUCUGCCCCGAGCGCUCCGUCCCUCCCCGACCCCGGGAUCGGCACCGGAGCGCUCCCCGGGGCACCGCCGACGAUGGCCGCGAGAUUUCACCGGGAACCGCUCCGGGAUGCGCGUCCGUCCGACCGGACCCCCACCAGACCCCCCCCCGCCCCCUAUACACACACAGACCCCCCCCCCUCGGCCGUUUUGGGGAGCCGCGGGGCGCGGUGCCGGAGGGAAGAGGGGCUCCGUGCCCCCCUCACCCCCCGGAGCGCUGCUCUGAGUGUCGGUGCCGCCGCUUCCUUCCUGCGGGGCCCCGCGCACCUGCCGGGCGGCAUCACCAAGGCUAAAAAUACCGCGGUGGUAACCGGGGCGGGGGGGGGGGGGGGACGAGGGGUUGGGCCGGACGGGGGGAUAACGGGGCUGGGGGAGCGCUUCCCGUAGCGCGCUUCCGACCGCAUCCAGUCCCGGUCCCCCCCUCGCCCCACUGGGACUUCUCUCCCCCCGGCAAAUCAGCACGGAGAGGGGACGGGGUGAGGGGGACCCGCAGCCAUGGCACAGAAAUCGGACUCCCGGGAUUCGGAUAACAGUUGGGUGCUGACGGGCACUGAGGGGCUGCCUGUGGACACGGUGGGGCCGGAGCGGGAUUCAGCCUCCCAUGAAGAUGAGGAGGAGGAAGGGGAGGAGGAAGACACCCCGGACGCGGGCACAGCUGAUGGCAGUGAGGAUGGAGCCGCCUCCCUGGGUGAAAAACAGCACCCUGAGGUCGGGGGUGCAGAGGGACGCUCGGAUCCCGGUGCCGGCACAGAGCUCCCUACAUCCGACCCUACAGAGCUCAGUGCCACGGACAGCUGGGAGCAGGAGAAGCACAACACUGAGCCGGGGCUGCGUGCUGAGGGUCGCACUGCAGAGCCGCUGCUGGAGGAGGGGAGCUGCACCAGCAGUGAUGAUGACGUGGAGGAGCUGCGGCGGCGGCAGGUCCACCACCAGCCCCCCGCUGGGACCCCCCCUCCUGCACCCAUCCCGCGCCGUGUGAUGCAGGAUGAAGGCAACGAGGAGGGGCUCAGUGCCAACAAACUGCUGCUGGGAGCGCUGGCGUUGGUGGCUGUGGCUCUGCUGAUCGUCUCCGGUGGUUUCUACGACGUGGCAGACGGUCCUGCGGAUGUGAUGAGCCACGACGCGACGGACAUGGAGCAGGAAGCGGUGCCCGACAACGGCAGUGACUCCCCACAGAAGCCCCCCCUGGACAGUGGGGACGUGCACAGCAUGCAGUCCAUGAGCGUGCUGCUGGACCGCCUGGCCAAGGAGAACCAGGACAUCCGCCUGAUGCAGGCUGAGCUGCAGGCCCACAAGGAAGAGCUGCAGGCACUGCUGCAACAAAGCGAAGGCGCAGCAGCAGCAGCUGGGGCACAGCAGCAGAGUUUGGCCAAGGAGAACGCCGAGCUCCGUGCAGCGCUGCAGCGCGAGGCCGAGGCACUGCGGGCUGCACGUGCUGAGCUGCAACGCCUGCAAGCCCGGGGGGGUCCCGGUGACCACCAACCUCACAAGGAGCAGCCCCACGAUCCCGGUGCUGCAGUGCAUGGGGAGGGGGCCCGGGAUGAGGCACGGAACCGUGGGCUGCUGGCAUCAGUGCGGCACGAGCUGGCAGCUGCCCUGCAGCGAGCGCGGGGUGCGGGGGGGCUGGAGGGGCUCAUGGAGGAGCUGAGGGUGCUGGAAGAGCGCCUGAGCCGGGAGCUGAGGGGGGGCGAGGGGGCUGAGGCAUUCCCUGGGCAUUGGAAGAAGGGGUUCAAGGCAGAAAAGAAGGAGAGGGGGUGGCACAAGCGGGACGGCCACCGUGAGCGGGGCAAAGCCCACAGGCACGGCUGGGAGCCCCACGGCAAGGAGCCCCACGGCAAGGAGCCCCACGGCAAAGAGCCCCACAGCAAAGAGCGCCAUGGCAAGGAGCAACACAGCAAGGAGCCCCGGCCCCACCGGGAGCACAGAGAGGGCAAAGCUGGGGGGAAGUGGUCCCAUGGCCCCCGAGACCACCAUGUGCCCCCCCUCAGCCAUUCCCGCCCCCCCCAGGGCUGCUCGGGGGUGACCGACUGCGCCCACAAAGAGGGCCGCGAGGCGCUGGGGGCUGCGCUGGAGCCCGUGCAGAAGGCGCAGUUCCUGCAGCUGCUGGAGGGUUUCAUGGGGCGGCUGGGCUGGGGGGGGCACUUCGGGGGGGUGGCGGAGCGGUUGGACGGUGCCUUUGGGGCCAACGGGGUCUUCGCCCACGACCGGAGGCGCUUCGUGGACUUCGUGGAGGAGGUGGAGGAGAUGCUGGAGGACGUGGCGCGGCGCGAGCACGGCGAUGAGGAGGCAGCCGAUGGCUUUGAGGAGUUCGUGCUGCAGCACUAUGCCGGCUCCGUUGGGAAGGAGCGCGGCCGCAAAACCUGGAGGCAGCACGGGGGAGGCAGAUAGAGCCGUGGGGGGUCCCUGCUGACCCCCUCCCCCCCCCCCCCUACACCACCACCAUGGGCUGUGUUUGGGGGUCCAGGGGCUGCCGUGUGCCCCCCCAACGCCCCUCUCCCCGAGUGAUGCACUGUGUGAUGAUGCUGCACUGCUGUAGAUACAAUAAAGUCACCGCUGGGCUGA